UAUCUUAUAAAGAAAAACACACACAUUCGAAAUCUAACCCUUAAUUGAUUCUUCCUCUAAUCAAUCUUUCCCUCUCUCUCCCUCCCUCUGAAUCUCCGAUAUGGGAAAAGACAAAGUUUCCAAGGCAUCGAAACCUCCCGGCGGCCGCGGCGAACCAACAAUCAACCCACCAGUCCCGGGGCCCAAAGGCAAGCGCGCAAAUCGUCCACCUUACCCUCCACCACCACCAGGCGGUCGCCGCCGUAGCCAUGGCCGUGGUUGUUGCUGUCGUUGCUGCUGCUGGAUGAUUUUCUUGAUCAUACUCUUAGUCCUCCUCGUCGCCGCCGCAUCCGCCAUCGUAUACCUAAUCUACCGUCCUCAACGGCCAAGCUUCACCGUCUCUUCCAUCAAAAUCUCCACUCUCAAUUUCACCUCCGCAACACACCUCACCACCGCGAUUUCCCUCUCCGUCAUCGCCAGAAACCCGAACAAGAACGUCCGGUUCAACUACGACGACACAGACAUCACCGUCUACAAAACGUCACCGAAAGAUGAUGACGUCGUCAUCGGUGAAGGCAAGAUCGCUUCGUUUGUCCACGGUGGCAAGAACACGACUCUGCUCGUAGCUGAGAUCGGAAGUCCUAAGGGAGACCUCGACGAUGAGUCGGCGACUAAGCUUAAAGGAGAGCUCAAGGAGAAGAAAGGAGUGGUGAUUAAGGUUGUUCUUGAAACGAACGUGAAUUUGAAGAUGGGAGCUUUGGUAACCCCUAAAUCAGGUAUUCAGGUUACUUGCCAAGGAAUUAAAGCGGUGGCUCCGAAUGGGAACAAGGCGACGACGGCGACUACCUCCGACGCCAAGUGUUCGGUUGAUCUCCGGUACAAGAUCUGGGAAAUUACUUUUUAAACAUUGAGAGGGGAAAAUGGAAUUCACAUUUGUAGUUUUCUUCUUCUUCCCUUUUUUGUUUUAAUAUACUGUAUCCAUUGUUUCAAUUUUCAUUUCUUCAUAAUUUGACUUCAUAUACAGUUCUUCCA